AUGCAUCGUUUUACCGAUAUUGAAUCAACUUCAAAACAACUACUACCUAUCUACAGCUACUUGACUCAUGAACUGGUGUCUCUAACAAAAGCACUUGAACCGAUCUCCACGACAAUUGAUCAACUGGAUCGUUUUAGUAAAAUUGCGAAAAACGAAUGUCAUUUUCCUUCCAAACAUGGACUUACUCGUGAUGAGUCAGCUGCUAUUUAUCUUUAUACAAUGGAUUUGGGAGAGAAUAGCUUCUAUCAAGUGAUUAAUCGUGCACUGCGUGCCGAAGAUCGAUCGUUAUUAAAACCAUGGUUUGCUUAUCUUAAACUACUCGAUGUAGCCAUACAAAAGUUACCAACUGUUCGAAAGAAUCUAUGGCGUGGUGUUCCGAUAGAUAUAACGACAAACUUUAAGAAAGGAGACGAAUUUACUUGGUGGGCUAUGAAUUCAUGUUCAACUUCUGAUAAUAUUAUCAAGAAUCUUCUUGGACCCAAUUCAACAUUAUUUUUAAUUGAGGCAAAAAAUGGAAAAGAUAUUUCGAGCUAUGCCAAUUGUCCAAAUGAAAAUGAAGUCAUUCUUUGUUCAGGUACACGAUUUCGUGUUGUUAGUUAUCCUCUAGAACAACCACUGAUGCAUUUGAUUCAUUUGCAAGAAAUUACUGAUGACGAAGAAGAAUCAUUAUCAAUAGCUUUUAAAACUAUGACAACGACACUCACACCAACCACUGCAUCUACUCAUACACCGACGAAUGUUCAAAUUUCACUGAUACUUAUUCAUACUGAUCGAUGGGGUAACAGAUACGAAGGAGAAAUGAAAGACGGAAAAAAACAUGGUAAAGGUCAUAUGGAUUUUGCAAAUGGUGAUAAAUAUACAGGUGAUUAUAUCGAAGACAACAUAACAGGACAAGGUGUCUACAAUUACGCUAAUGGUGCUCGAUACGAGGGACAAUGGAAAGAUAAUAAGAAGCAUGGAAAAGGUCAAAUGGAUUUUGACAGUAGCAUAAAAUAUAUAGGUGAUUGGAUCGAAGACAAUAGAGUAGGUCAAGGUGUCUACCUUUGUCCUAAUGGUGAUCGAUACGAGUUAAGAUAUUCAUAA